AUGACAAAAAAACAAUCAUUAAAUAACAAACGAAUAAUUACAAGAACACUCGACGACAGUGACCAUGAAGAUGAUCAAUUGAUAAAUGGGACAUCACAAAUGGAUUUUCAACCAAUAUUAGGUUCUUUGGAGAUUUCAAAUAUGAAUUCAUCAACGUCAAAUAUGGAUGAUUCAAAUGAUAUGGAUAUAGGUGAUGAGAUAACAGUUGAAGAUUCAUCUACAGAUCAAGUUGUUAUCAGUCGAAGAUUAACUUCUAAAGUAUGGUUGUAUGCGACUAAAUUAGAUGCAACUGCACAAGCUGCUUGUGAUUUAUGUGAAUUUAAAUGUUCAUGCCAUUCUCAUUCUACUUCAACUAUCCGACAACAUCUCAUCUCCAAACAUAAGAAAACUGAUUUAAUAGUUAAAUCAUCAUCAAGGUCUUCAAAAUCAAAAAUAUCGGAAGCUUUAAAAAACGAAUUACAUCAAUUAUGCUACUCAGCAAUUGUCAAGGAUAGUCGUUCAUUUAAUGAUUUGAAUAAAACUGGUAUCAAAGCUUUAUUAAAUAAACUUUGUCCUGGUUAUUCACCACCACAUAGAAACCAAGUUUCUCGUCAACUAGACGUUUUAUAUCAACACCAUUACAAUCUUUUAAAAGACGAAUUGAAACAAGUACAUGCAUUGAGUGUCACACUUGAUUUUUGGUCAGAUCGCCGAUGUCAAUCGUUUCUUUGCAUCACAGGUCAUUGGAUUACUGAUACAUGGAAAUCGAUUUCUAAAAUUAUUGAUUUCUCCUGUUAUAAUAGUCGACAUACAGCUGUUGAAAUUUCAACAACUUUAAAAGAUAAAUUUAUAGCAUUAGGUAUUUAUGAAAAAAUCAUAUGCAUUACAUGUGAUGGUGCAGAAAAUAUGAAACUAGCUUGUCAAUACUUAGAUGAAAAUAUACCAAGAAUUUGGUGUUGCGCUCAUCGUCUUCAUCUUGCAGUCAUCAAUGGACUUGGGUUUUGGAUUCCAAAAGAAAAACUAAAAAGUAUGUCAGAUCAAAGUUUAUCUGCAAGCAGUACAACAAAUAAUCGUAUUACAACUACUGCUAAUGAUUCUACUAUUGGUAAAAACAAUAUGAACAUUGAUUGGGAUGAUGAACUGAGUAAUGAGUCAUGGUCAAAUAAUCUAUCUAGUUCAACUAAUGCAAAGAAUCGAUUACCAUCAUGUUUAAAUAAUGAUACAACGAAUGAAUCUGCAGCUGAUGAUCAAACGUACACGAUGAGUGAUGAUGAUAACGAUGAAGAUGAUGAUUGUAAUAAUAAUUCUACUGAAGAUAAUUGGACAACAGGUUAUGAAGAUUAUACUAAUUCAACCGAGCAACAAAUAUGGAUUAUGAAUUUGUUAAUUAAAUGUCGAUCUAUUGCUAAACUUACCAAGAAGUCAUCUAUAAUAUCUGACUACCUUCGAAAACAAUGUAAACCAUCGGACAAAAAACCAACAAUUAAAAAUGAUUGUAAAACUAGAUGGAAUUCUAGCUAUAGUUUAUGUGAAUCUUUGGUUACAUCAAAACAUUUAAUUAUGAAAUUGUUUAUGGAAAAGACAUCAUUAACUUUACGAAAAGAUCAAAUCAAUAAAUUAUCUGCAAUCGAAUUACAAAGUGAUGAUUGGGAUUUACUGAAUUCGUUAUAUAUUGUUCUUACUUCCUCUUUUCGUGCAACUCAAAUGAUGUCGGGAAGACGUUAUCCGACAAUCGGUCUUGCUUAUUGUAUGAUAUCAAAAAUUAAAUCGUAUUGUAUGAAAGAUGAUUCGGAUGAAUACAUUAGAAUUAUUAAAAGAUUAUUAAUUCGCACAUUGAAUAAGUAUUUUUAUGAAGAUACUGAACAAUUAGAAUAUUUUCAGCGUUUUUCAUUCUUUGAUCCAUGUGCACACUUAUGCUUCAGUGACAAAGAAAAACGUCAAAUUGAAAAUUAUGCUAAAAAAGUUUUCCUCGAUGAUAUUUAUCCAAUUUCAUCACAAACAACUAAUAAUACAUCAUCAUCUGUUCCAUCAUCUAAUUCAACUCAAUCAAAACAAUCUACACAACCUGCUCGAUCAAAAUCAACUCUUUAUGAACGAUUUUUGCUUUCAUGCAAUGAUGAUGAAGUUUCAUUUGUUGGAUGUGGAAAAGAAAAAAGCAAACGCAUUGCGAUCAAUGACGAAAUAAAACAAUUUGCAUUAUUGGUCGAUCAAUUCAAUGCCAAAGUACUUCCAUCUGCCGAUUCAGCAUUUGCAUUCUGGAGAAUCAACAAAGAUCGUCUUCCAAUAUUAUCACAUUUGGCUAAAAUACAUUUGGUAGCUUGUGCUUCUAGUGUACCAAGUGAGAGUGCAUUUUCUAUGUCAGCUUUUUUCGAUCGUAAGGAAAGAGCUCGACUUUCUAGAGAGAAUUUAUCAUAUUCAGUUUUUCUAAAAGAUAAGAUGUAG